GUCCCAUCGACAUUGGAUAUCUUCUCGCAAUUUCACGUUCAGUGCUUAGGUCAAAUUUAUACUACCUGUACUGUAUUAAAUUUGACAUGGAACAUCACUGGCAACAGGCACAGGCCCACUACCUCUCGGAAGUCCAGAGGACAGAAAAUGCCUUGCUCGACCUUUUGCGGAUGAGGAGGAAAGCCAGCUUGAAACGCCGUUUAGGAAGGAUCAGCAAACUCUCCGAACUCAUCCAAAGACGAUCCGACAUUGAAGCUCGCAUGAUUUCCACGAUGAGGGGUUUGAACAGCGCCUACAGCAUGGCUAAGCAAAGGACACAAGUCUCUCUUCACUGCCCGGUUCGAUGAACGAAUGGUGGCACUGAGAACGGUUCCCAAUCGUCGCAUCCAGUACAUGGGAUAUCAUGGCGAAACUGUGUGGCUUGUGUUGCAUUCAAAGUGUUGUGUUACAGAAUGAGAAUUAGUUCCAUUCUCCAAAACAAGCACUGAAUGGCACACUCAACUCCUGGUUAUUAUUGUGGACAGACUACAGUUGGCCAUUCAAUGCACGGUGUCUCAAAUGUUCCAAAUUCUGCAUUAUUGACAUAAUGGGUAGCGUCACCA